UAGUAUGGCGGCGGAAACUUUAAAACGUUUGAAAGAAGUCUGUAAAUACCAAAUAUCUAACGUUAGAGACACUAACAGAUUACGAUUGCCAGUAGAACCCGUUGUGGUUAUUGAUAUUAAUCGCUAUCUGACAGAUCCAACUGAUCCAAACAAUGAAUCUUGCAGGACUACGUCAGAAAAGGCGGAUCCCAGUGUUGAUGUUUAUGACGUGACGCUAGCGGACUCGAACAACAAGAUGAAGGUCCAAUUAGCCUGUCACCUGCACCAUUUCAUUCAACAAGGAAAGAUGGUGGUUGGCAGUUUUUUGGAAGUGUCCCAAUCUGUUGUUGUUUAUGAUGAAAUGAAUUUAGAAGAUGAUGGUGUGCUCGUGUUAUGUGAUGUUAGCAUUGUAGGAUAUGAGCCAGAAAAUGUAGAGGAAAUGAACAAUCUUCCCUGGUAUCCCGAAAACUCUGUUCGACAAACAGAAUGUCGACCACUGACGUCUGCACGUGGAUGUUAUUUAAAUCUGUGGACAAGCUCUGACGUUGUUGUACCUCAAACAACUCUCCCAGAUUCUGAGGAAAUUGAUGAGGAUCAAUUCGGUGAUGUGCAUACUAUCAGUGAGGUCACCAGAAAGUGGAAGAGUGUGCGCGACGUCAAACCAGCACUUCUCGUCAGAGUUUUGAGAAAAUCUAGGCUUCUUCAUUUUGGAAAACCCCACAAAGAUGACAAAUGGCCCUUUCAGCUCCAGCUGCUCGUAGGUGACAGUUCUGGAAUCUGUACUCUCGUCUUCUGGAACAGUCUUGCUGUAAAGUUCCUCACGUGUGUUGAAGAAGGGACGGUGCUCUUUCUGAGAAAUUUCAAUGUUAAGAAAACCUUUCUGCUGAACCCGGGAUGGUAUUACAGUGAUUCCAAUCUGAAAGUGUUUGAUUUCGACCUCAACUUAAACCCCCACCACCCAGUCUCAGAGGUCAGACUUAUAAAGCAUUCUUCCUUGCCCAGAAAAUUUCGGUUUCCAAAUUUGGCAUACAACUUCAUAACAAGAUGUCAGCUGGGGUCUCUGCCAGUUAACUUUGUUUGCGAUGUGACAGGAAUGGUAACCUAUGUGGGCCAUGUGACACGAGAAGCUGUAAAGUCAAGACAGUUCUUUGACAGUGGAGGGUUUUGGCUGUACAGAUGGAUUCAUGUGAUGGACAAUACCAGUGACAGUCCAAUCAUAAUGCAGUUGUACCGAACAAACCAGUGUUCAGUGUUUGAUGACCUCUGUCCUGACCAGCUGCUGCUGUGUAGACACAUGAGAGUGGUUUACGAUGUGGAGACCGUCACAAGUUCCAGACAGCGUCGACACAUCUAUCUCACAAGCACUGCCGUCUCACAGUAUUACACCUAUGACCAUGUCAGGUCCAACAGAGAACACCAGUUUGAGAAGGAAGCACUUGUAAAAGACCUGAGGUCAUGGAGAAAGAGGUUAAAGAUGGACUUGGUCAUUUUCAGGACGGGUGGUUACUAUAGUUACCCUCCCAUGCCACUGGAAAUGCAGAAUAUUCUGAGGUCACCCAUUACAAUCACUCCAAGUGGAGAACAGUGGUGCAAUGCUGUCAAGAAUCUCGCCUUCAGAGAACGCAAGAUCCUUUUUGUGCAGGCCAAACUAGGAGCAGUUUGGAGCAAUAGGAACAGUGAAAGAAUUCAGGUGGCCAAUUUAGAUAUUGAUUCAUCUUUAACCGUUGGAAUGGAUUCAGAAUUAGACAAUGAUGUAGACCUCUGGCCAAAGGAAUUUGAUCCACAGUGUGACCAGAUGGAGAAAGAUUUCCCUCCGUCAUUUGAAAGGGGCGGAGCUUCUGAAAAUGGAUCUCAAACGAACAUGUUGAUGUUGUGGCUUGGUUUAAAUGAACGUAUCCUACUCCAUACAGCCAAGCCACUAAUGUGCAACACAGACAAUGUGACUUUUGUUGACCUUGUGGCGGGCAGAUGUGACAGCAAUACCUUUGAUUCUUCACAGAUUUCUCAGAAAGGGCUUGAAAGAUGUUUGAUGUCUGCAAGAGAUGUACUCAACCAGCGAUUUUUUCUUGUGGUCGAUUUGUACAGAACUAGUGCUUCCAGUGUGAAUAUUGUGUUAAAGAGAGCUUUUUUAUUAUGAAUUUUACCAUACAUCCGACAUAUGGUUAUUGAGAGUGUAUCACACUGACAAAUAUAUCGUGUAAUAAUGAGGUUUCAAAAAGUGAGAUGGUGCAUUUAAAAGAUCCCUUGCUGCCGACUGAAAAAGUAGCUCAUGAAGUGGCAGCAGCAACUUUUCUCUCUGAUGAAUCUCUGUGGUCCUUUCCAUGUUGGAGCCGGAUGUAGCCCAGUGGUAAAGCACUCGCCUGAUGCCCAGUUGGUGUAGUGUUCAUACCAAGACUCGUAUUUAAGAAUUUGUCUCCCACAGCAAGUUUUAAAAGAAUUGCCAUGGGUGAAACGGCCUACCAACAGUAAUUUUGAGCCUGCCUAUGGCAAGAAUUUUAAAAGUAACAUUUGCAGCAAAUAAACAUGACUGAAAGGUUAUUUUGCUGUAUGUAGACAUAUUUGAAACGUGCAACUGCUAAAUAUUGGCAGUUAAUACACCAGGUGUAUACAUUUUGCCUUUGUUGGAGCUUUACCGAUGGCACAAAAAUGCCAUUGGUGACGCUCUCUACCUAUGGCAAUUUAUAUCUCAAUGACGGCAAGUGCCGUCGUUAAGUUCGAGCCCUGUGAUUCCCAUCGGUAGGCUCAUUGGGCUAUUUCUUGUUUUAGCCGGUGCUCCACAGCUGGUUCAACAAAGGCUGUGGAAUGUUCUAUCCUGUUUAUGGGAUGAUGCCUUUAAAAGAUCCUUUGCUGCUCAUCGAACAGAAUAGCCCAUAGAGUGGUGGCAGUGGGUUUAGUCUCUAAUUACCUCUGUGGUCCUUAAUCAUUUUCCGACACCAUAUAACCUUAGUUAACAAUAUGUUGAGUACAUACACCAUUAGUUAACAAUAUGUCGAGUACAUUGUUAUAUAAAACAUUUCUUCUUCCCCCCCCCCCCCCAAUAUUAUUAAAAACACAAUCAUAACAUCAAGUUAGAACUACAUACAUGUAGUUUAUAAGUAUUAUAAGUAUAAGUAUUUAUACUUAUUUCUUUUACCUAGUUCCUAUUGUAAAUGCAUUCAUUUUAUUUAUACAUCACUUAUCAGGAGAAAGUGUUUUUUACACAUUUUUAUUACUCUUGCUAAUUAUCAUCAUGUGUCUCAUUUUGUACAUACAUUGACAUGUUUGUUUUAUAAAUACAUAAAAUUAUUAGUUGUACAUAGGAAUAUAUUUUUGAUACCGUUAACAUUUCAUUUUCAUAUUGAUGUUGAAAUGUAGAGAAUUGUUCACAUUAUCAUCACCUCAUUAUUGUUAAUUGUAUUAAUAACUGAUUACACAAAUAUGCAGUAAAAUCUUGGUUUUCUCCAAAUUAUUUGGACAAACAUAUCUAGUUCCUUUUCUUUAUUAGAAAUUGCAUUUUGAAGUCUAAAAAUAUAAUUUAAUAACAAAACCCCCACUAACUAUACUGAUUUCUGUGUAUUAUCAUGAACACAAGACCCAAGUCACAGAAGUUGAAUUCAACAUUUAUUUUGCCUUUGACACUUUAAAAUAUAAUUAUUAUAAGUAUGAGAUAUGUUCAGUGUAUGUUGUUGAGAAAUUGACACAAACAAACUUGUGUUUUGCAAUGUCACUAGAUAUUGGGAAAAUAACAUUACCGAGAAACUAACUGUGUAAGAAACUAAAAAUAUACUACUUCUGACUUGGUAAAACAUCUGAACAAAGUAUGUCAAACAAAACAAGUUAUUUUAAAGACGGCGUCCAGUCCCCAUAUUAAAAGCUAUAUGCACCAUAGUGUUUUAAAAAACCCAACAAUGUUGACCAUUAUGCAUAAAAUUAUUAAUUAUACAUGCAUAAAUAAUAGAGAUAGAGAUCAUUGCAUAAUUUCUUUUAAAUUUAACAUUCUAGAAUAUAAUAUAUAUAUAUAUAUAUAUAUAUACACAUCUAUUUGUUUUAGUAAUGUAAAAUUCUAGAAUAUAUAUACAUCUAUUUGUUUUAGUAAUGUAAAAUUGUCAACUCCGCAUCUCUAUUAUUUGGCACACACAAUUAUGAGUUGCAUGAUAAAAUAUAUUAUUAACAAGCAUACAAAUUAGGUGUAAAACGCCAAUUUCAAAUGAUGACCUGGGUAUGUGAAAAAUGCAUAUUUACUAUUUUCAAUCUUUUCAUCUUAUCUGCCAAACCAUUUAGGACAUAGAGAAAAAAAUGAUUACUACUUUAAGAUAUCGGCUUUAUCCUGUAACAGAGCAUCACAGCAUUACCUAUUCUUUCUAGUGGCAUUCGACCUGAGCAGGAAAAAAACGAUAUCUUAAGGCAGUAACCGGUUUUAAUCCCCAAGCAACGAGUCAAAGGGAUAUAGUCUUGCCCAUACGUACAUGUUAUAGAAAUUUAUCUAGUCACCCUCUCCUGCAUAGUAAUUGCAGGAUAAAAUCUGAUAUCUACUUAUGUAAUGUACACAACUUACUUUAUAGAAACAAAUCAAUAUUACCCGAUGCUAAACUUCAGCACCUUGUGAAUCGUUGCUUAACAACUCCACAAUUGAAGACAGAAACAAACACGUGGUAGAAAAAGAUAAUAUAUUUACAUUAAAACACUAUGCAUGACUGGAAUGAAAUGAAACAGCUUCCAACAAGUGUACCACACCUAUACACCAUAAAAACAUAUUUACACAACAAACACCAAGAAAUAAAUAAAACAACAGAAUGUUUACAAUACACACUGAUGCAUUCUUAUAUUCAAAACACACAACCAGGAUAUACACUACACAUGUAUUUACAAAUAUACAGAUAAUUUUGGGACCAGUUUUUCAUUUUUAUUUCCAAUUUUUACAAAUAUUUCUUCCAACACAUUUUACUUCAGUUAGCAAUGAAGUAAUUUUUGCUAUACACAAGUAAAUGCAAGUCUGUGUAAUAUAUACACAUAUAUUGUGUUCACUACUUACAAUACAUAUUACUGAUUAAAAACCUGUUCUCAUGAAGUGACAUAUAAUGUGCAGCAUGUUAUUUCACUGCUUGAAAAGUUACUAUUAAUCCACGAUUAGUACAUCUUGUACAUGCCUAGUUUUUAAGUGAUUCACAAAAGAAAAAUCCACUACUAUAACAUAGGCUAUUUCUUUGAGUUAGAAGGAUGUUUUUUCUUUGCUUGAAAUAUUAAUUGAUAUAGACUUUCCUACAAAUAGGUUUUAAUUAAUAUUUUUAUUAGCACCUUGGUGAUACAUAUUUCCUAAGACUGAUAAAACGUUUAAUUUCUGCAUUUUCCCAAAGUCACCAUUCAUGGAAAAAUAUGGAUUAAUCUACUCAUAACAUUCAUCCGAUUACAUAUGAAAUGUUUACCAGUUAGAAAACAGCAGUGAGCACCCACUACCAUUAGUCUGUCAAAGACCAGGGCCCCGUUUUAUGAAGUGAUCUUAAGCACAAAGAUCACCUUAGGUGAUCUUAGCUACCUUAGGCAUUAGACCCUAAAAAGUUUGUAAAAAACAACAACACCCCACUACAAAAACAAAACAAAAAAAUAUGCAAAAGUUAAUAUUUCAAGCAAGAAAAAUCACUAUUAUUCAGGAAUACUGUAACAAA